UGUCGUGGCUGUCGUCCGCCGCCUCUGCGCGGGGACCCGGGCGGGGCUGGCGGGAGCGCGGCGGCUCCAAGGAGUUUCCGGGGCCCGGGUGACCCCGCCUGUACGUGCCCCGUGUGGCAGCGCAGGUGGGACGAGCCCAGUGGCAGGUGGUUCGCAGCGCCCAAGUGAGUAACACUGACUCGGGGCCAGUUAUCUUUUUGACUGUCACAUAUGGACUCCCAAAAAUCUCCGAAGGAAAGCGUCCUCAUUACAGGAGGAGGUGGCUAUUUUGGUUUCCGCCUAGGCUGUGCUCUGAACCAGAAGGGAGUCCAUGUGAUUCUGUUUGACAUCAGCAGCCCUGCUCAAACCAUGCCAGAAGGAAUCAAGUUUAUACAUGGAGACAUUCGCCACCUCUCUGAUAUAGAGAGAGCCUUCCAGGAUGUGGAUGUCACUUGUGUGUUCCACAUUGCCUCUUAUGGUAUGUCAGGGCGGGAGCAACUGAAUCGAAGCCUGAUCGAAGAAGUCAAUGUGGGAGGCACAGACAACAUCCUCCAGGCUUGCAGGAGGAGAGGGGUGCCAAGAGUAGUUUACACUAGCACUUUCAAUGUCAUCUUCGGAGGUCAAGUGAUCAGAAAUGGAGAUGAAUCCCUGCCUUACCUACCGCUUCACCUCCAUCCUGAUCACUACUCUCGGACCAAAUCUAUUGCAGAGAAGAGGGUGCUGGAGGCCAAUGGGACAUCCCUGGAAAGAAGCGAUGGGGUCUUGAGAACUUGUGCUCUGAGGUCAGCUGGCAUCUAUGGGCCUGGAGAGCAAAGGCACCUUCCCAGGAUAGUGAGCUACAUUGAGAAGGGCCUGUUCAAGUUUGUGUACGGGGAUCCCAGGAGCCUGGUUGAAUUUGUCCAUGUGGAUAACCUGGUCCAGGCUCACAUUCUGGCCUCAGAGGCCCUGAAAGCGGACAGGGGCCACAUCGCCUCUGGGCAGCCCUACUUCAUCUCCGAUGGCAGACCUGUGAACAACUUUGAGUUCUUCCGGCCUUUGGUUGAGGGCCUGGGCUACCCGUUUCCAUCCAUCCGCCUGCCCUUGACCCUUAUCUACUGCUUUGCUUUCCUAACAGAGAUGGCCCACUUCCUUUUAGGUCGACUCUACAACUUCCAGCCCUUCCUCACCCGCACAGAAGUUUACAAAACUGGUGUCACACAUUACUUUAGCCUAGAGAAGGCCAAGAAAGAGCUAGGCUAUGAGCCUCGGCCAUUCGACCUCCAGGAAGUAGUAGAAUGGUUUAAAGCCCAUGGUCAUGGCAGAAGACCUGGGAGCCAUGAUUCUGAGUGUCUUGCACGGGAUGGGCUAUUAGUCUUUCUCUUGGUGAUGGCAGUUCUCACAUGGCUGUCCUCUGUGAUUCUGUCACUAUGAAGGAGGAACUAAAAAUAAGGAGCCGAUCACACUUGCUGAGAUGGUUUUCAAGAAGCACGAGUUUUAAAAUACAGAUAGAUAGAUAUAGAUAUCUGGUGCCAAAUUCUGGCUCUUCGAAUUGCUACUCAAGAAUAGAUUCUUGGAUUAAGUCUUCGUUUCCCACCUCCUUGCACUAAUCCUAAUGGGAGGAAAAAAAAAAAGAAGCAAAGCUAAAUUUGAAAUUUGGGUUCUUGUGUCCUCCUUCUCUAGGUGGGUACAGUAAGUCAUUUUGGUGCCAUAGACAUAAACUUACUUAGAUUGGAAAUGUCUUCCCUGAAUUUCUCAGAAGCCGAGAACAUACUUAUUUCUGUUCCAUACACUGCAUCUACUUAAAAUGGACUAAAACGCAUACUGAUAUGGGAAUGGUAAAACACUAA